UCUCAAGCUACAAUCAAUCAUCAAAUAUGCAGUCCAACAAGGUUUUCUUCCUGUUCUUCGGUGUCCUCGCCAUGGUGAUCGCCGCUAGUCUCUCCUCGGCAGCUGACAACGAUUUGAUCAGCGAUCGCCGUUUCCGCUGGGAAUUCUCGCAGGAUUCGGAUGAGUCUGCUAAUGAUUUGCAGGAGGACGACGCCGAGGAUGAUGACGAUCAGGACGACAGCGGUAGCGAUGGCAACAGCGACGAAGUUAUCUAUGAGUUCAUCGAAUAUGCACCCGAAUCCUCUGAAAGUGAAGAAAGCGCCUCAAAGGAAGCUUAA